AUGUCUUCAUCACGUUGUCGAUCCAACGCAAUACCUGAUCCAAUUCAUUGGAGAUCCAGAGAUAUAUCCCUUAAAUAUGAUGUUUCUUAUCUACGUCCUGCAGAGGUCGCUGAAAAUCAAACAGAGAAAAACAAGCGCUCAAAAUCGGACUCAGAUAUUGAUACACAAACCACCGAUGAAUUUAAAGCUGCUGUAUUUCAUUCUAAGACAAAUACAAGUUCAUAUUUUUCUUUUGAAGAUCUGAUUAAAACCAUAAAAGUUUUAGAAGAGAAGAAGGAUGCACUGGCGAUAAAGAACAUCUUAAAUGCUGCUUCUUCAAAUGAUAUAAGAAAAUUGUGUGAAAGUCUCUGUGUCGAGAAACCUAAAAAUGAUUUUAUUUCCGACAUUGUCUCGGAAACGAUAGUAGAAAAAUUCUGUAAAGGAAAUGAGUCAAAGUUUACUAUUGUAAAUAUUUGGACAGGAUAUCGAUCUGUGGAGAAAAAUUUCGAACAGUUAGAGCGACAGCAACUGUUUGCGCGAUAUAAACCCUUCAGAAGAAAAAGAGGAAUUGAUACACUCGUUGUAGUUGUGGAGCAAAAUAUACAAAGAAAAACGGGAAGUUUCUGUGGACUAGACCUUAUUAUUGUCUCAAAAGAUGAAUGCAAUUCGGAAGCAGCCUCAUUGCUCUCUUUUGAAUUUUGUGAUACAACAGAUUCGAGUGUGAUUCAGAUCGACGAUGAAACCAUCGCAUUAUUGUUUAAUCAACACAGUAAUAUAACAUUGAUUAAUAAAUCUAAUGUUCGCUCAAAAGGGUAUAAAUCAGGCGCACCUCAUGUGGAAAAGACACCAACUAUUGUCAUAUAUUGCCAAAUAAAAGGGGUUGUACCUAGGGGAGAAGAGACAUUCCCUGAAAAAAUAAAUGGAUUCAUUGUCGACGUUCGGGAAGGAACUUGCCGACUAGCUGUAAACCCACUUCGCCCAGGUGAAAAGAUUACGGACGAAGUAUUUAAAACAACUGGAACACUAGGGGGAUUUGUUAAUAUCCAAAAUCCAAGGAAGGUGGGAUUUUUGACGUGCGCUCAUGUUGUUUUACCACCCAAAAUUUUACAAAAUAAUUCUGCUGAGGAAUAUGUUCGAAAGAAAGAUGUAAUCCUUAUACAUGAUCGAGAAAAAAGACAAAUAGGUAAAAUAAAUAAAAUCAUGUUCAUUCACGAUAAGCCAAAUGAAGUUAGUAUUGAUGCGGCUCUGAUAGAGAUUACAGAUCGACACCCAUGUGAUGGAUAUUUUGCAGACGUUUAUUUAGAAAAUCAACUUCAUUGCGCUGGGUUUUCCGACAGACAAAUACUACACUUUUCAAAUGGUCAAUUAGAUCAAAUCAACAUGUUUAAUUUCCGGAAACAAGUUAUCAAGGUGGGUGCUACAAGUGGUAUUACACUUGGUUCAUUAAGAAUUGGAAGGAGUUGUGCUCAGAUUAUAAAUGAUUGCGAAGUUAUACUGAAUAAAAUUUGUCCUAUUCGAUUGUUUGGACAACUGGAAGUCAUUCCAAGAAUAGAUCCAUCCCAACCAUCUGAUUCGAGUGAAGCUUUUCUCAGUGAAGGAGAUUCUGGAGCUCUAGUUUUUGUUAUUGCGAGAGAAAACCCAGUUAUCUUAAAAUGUAUUGGGAUAGCUGUUGCGAAAACAUCAUAUGGGGCCUGCUUAAUGACGCCAAUAGACAAGGUGUUUGAUGCUCUUGGUCUUUCGUAUAAUUGUUUUACAAAGUUUUCCACACCGAAUUCUUACAAGGAAACGGAUGAGGAAGGACUCCAGGAUGUGCUUGCUUCAAUAACACAAAAACUUACCGAUAUGCAUUCAAAUAUGGCAACAAAGCAAGACAUUUCAAAUAUGGCAACAAAGAAAGACAUCCAAAAUCUUAAACGUGAUUUAGAAAGCUUUAAUAGCAGACUUAACGAAGCAGAAGAGAGAAUAAGAAAAGAGAGGAAAACAGGUAAAAAUGAGGACAAGCAAUAA